CCUGUGUAUCCUGGUCCAUAACGUAGGUAGGUAUCCUAUGCUAUCUUGAUGGCUUGACGCCCUACGUCUGUUCCGUUUCGUCUCGUCCAACAACGCGCCGUCCUGUUUCGCCCAUUAUCAGCGGAGAGAACCCACCCCAGCGCGCUCCGCCAAAGGAUGACUGACACCUUCAGGCCAGCGCUUAUAGUAGUGGACCUUCAGGAGGAUUUUUGCCCCCCGAAUGGCUCGCUUGCCGUCGCCAACGGGCGUGAUAUCACGCCAUUCAUCAAUAAACUCCUAGCCCUGCCUUUCAUCACCAAAAUCGCAACCAAAGACUGGCACCCGCGUGACCACGUCUCCUUCGCUACGAACCACGAAGGCAAAACACCCUUCACAGAUUUCGUCACAAUCUCCAACCCGUAUAACGAGUCUGAGAGGUAUGAGACAAGGCUUUGGCCGGUCCACUGCGUUCAGGGUACCCGGGGAGCGGAGCUAUUGCCUGAGCUACACACCCACCAACUCAACCAGAUCCUUGAGAAAGGGACGGAUCCCCGCAUCGAGAUGUACAGUCCGUUCUACGACCCCUUUACGUCCCCGCGCGUUUGCGACAGCGGCUUAGCCCAGACCUUACGAGAGAAGCAAAUCACGCACGUGUACGUGGUAGGGUUAGCGGCGGAUUACUGUGUCAAAAAUGCGGCGAUCGAUGCUACCAAGGAAGGAUUCGAGACCUAUCUUAUCGAGGAGUGCACCAGGGCAGUUGAUACGCCAGGUUGGCCGGAAUGUAAGAGAAAUAUCGAAGCAUCUGGCGCCAAAGUUGUCAGCAUGCAUGGACCCGAAGUUCGACGGCUGGGCCCGGGUCUGUAGCGGGCUAACCCGAAAUAGAACCGAGAGUCCACAGAGAGGGAGAGAGAGAGAAGAAGAAUGACGGGUAGAACCAGCGAUGUACGGGAGGUAAUAUCUUGGAUGCUCGUUCAGCAACUGAUCCCUGUCCUUCUCGCUUUUUGGGCUGUGGUUUUCCGCCAUUGUGGUACUACACGGUACAUGCCUAUAUGUACCUACCACUCAGCAAAGUAAGACUUUCAGCAAGCCACCACGGAUGGUUUGGAUACAACACCUAGUAUAUCUUCGAGCCGAUGGGGGAAAUUCUUCGUGUGCGACCCUCAACCUUUUUUUGAAAACAAAGAAAAAAGACAGUCCUUUUUUUCACGU